AGGAUUUUUUUUGUUCAGUGAACUGGGAGAGAGAGGUAGUAAGGAGGUGAGUGAGUGGAGGGAGGGGGCAGAAGGACAGACAGACAGGAAGGGCAGAGAGCCAGGGACAGAAGGAGACGGGCAUAGGAAAAGUACAGAGAGAUACAUUUUGGGAGUCACAUACAUAAAAGUGUACAUUUACAAAGGGCAUAUACAAACACUUAAUAAUACAGGCAUAUCAAGUGUAGAAAUAAGGAUCUGUGGAUAUAGGUUUAUAUAUAGAUUGUUAAACAUAUAUAGAAAUAACAAUAAUAGAGGAAUCCAUUUUGUAGAUAUAUUUAUAAAAUAAUGUCUAUAUGAAGCUACAUAAAUUGAAGAGUGUAGAGACAUAGACGUGUAAGAAAGAAAUAUUGAAACAAAAGGUACAUGUAUAGAGAGAAGCUAAGAUUGAGCAUCAAGAAGAACAGAUAGACCACUCAUCAAUUGGACCACUGAACCCACUUCACUUGGACCCUUGGAUUUCAUACACUUGAACUCGGAUACCCCUGGAUUAGGACCAUGUCCACAACAGUGUCUCCCACAGCGUUGGACAGAGAGGGUGCCCCCGCAGGCCGGGGCAGGAAGAACCCACUGACUGAGCUAACCGGGCUGCGCUGGAAGAGAUUGGAGGAGCCACUGGGAUUCAUUAAACUGCUAGAAUGGCUUUUUGCUAUAUUUGCAUUUGGGAGCUGUGGCUCAUACAGUGGAGAAACAGGGGCAACAGUGGUAUGUAAAGAAGAACCUGUGCAAACUCAUCUAAUCUCUGUGGCUUUUGGAUAUCCAUUCAGGUUAUUUAGACAGCGCUAUGAAAUGCCUGACUGUGGUGAUAUGGAAAGCCGCGUUUUACACCUAGCCGGAGAUUUUUCAGCUCCUGCAGAGUUCUUCGUGACCUUGGCUGUUUUUGGUUUCCUUUAUUCCAUGCUGGCACUUGUUGUCUACCUGCGCUUUCAUGAUCAAUACACUCAGAUCCGCAGGGUUCCCAUUGUGGACUUUUGCAUAACAGGUGGCUUUGCCUUUCUGUGGCUUGUGGCAGCUUCAGCAUGGGGGAAGGGUCUGAUGGAUGUGAAACUGGCCGCGCACCCCUCCAGUAUUCUGUCUGCAAUGCCUCUGUGCCAGUUGGACAAAGCAACGUGCAGUGCUGGAGCUGUACCAUCCUUUGGACUUGCUAAUAUAUCUGUGCUCUUUGGAUUCCUGAAUUUCCUUAUCUGGGCAGCCAAUGCUUGGUUUGUGUUUAAAGAGACAGUAUGGAGCAAACCUCCUCAAAGCAAGGAGGAGUCUGCAGAACGUGGAGAGGUUGAUGAUCGUCAGUAACUUUAACUUUUCAGGGCCACAUUAUCGUCCUUAUUUUACUCCUCCUCCCAAUUUCUCCUAUUCUCUCCUAGCCAACCUAUUAAAAUGUUUUUCUGGUAAUAUUUGUAAUCCGUUUCUUACACAUCGAUGCAUCUUAUGUCAAUCUUCUUUACCACACUCAUCAAUAAUGUUUAACCAAUUAUACAAAUUUGAUAUCAAAAUCUCCAACUCAUUUGGAUCUUCCUAAAAAGCUGCUCAGUAUCUGGUGCUAUUUAUUAAAUAAAAUCUCCUCCAGAUUCUUUGUGA